GGCGUUUGGGUGUUGCUCCCGCCCCGCUUCCUCGGCCGCCUUCUCCACCCGGCUCGGGUGGGGCCCCGGAGAAGGCGAGUGACAGCCACCGCGGGCCGCAGGAGCAGGGCGAGUGUCAGCCAUGUCGGACAGCGGGGCGAGCCGCCUGCGGAGGCAGCUGGAAUCGGGGGGCUUCGAGGCGCGGCUGUACGUGAAGCAACUGUCGCAGCAGUCGGACGGCGACCGCGACCUGCAGGAGCACCGGCAGCGGGUGCAGGCGCUGGCGGAGGAGACGGCGCAGAACCUGAAGCGCAACGUCUACCAGAACUACCGGCAGUUCAUCGAGACGGCGCGUGAGAUCUCGUAUCUGGAGAGCGAAAUGUACCAGCUGAGCCACCUGCUGACGGAGCAGAAGAGCAGUCUGGAGAGCAUCCCGCUGGCGCUGCUGCCGGCCGCCGCCGCGGGCGCCUCCGCCGGUGAGGACGCGACGGGCGCGGGGCCGCGGGAGCGCGGGGCGGCCCAGGCGGGCUUCCUGCCCGGGCCGGCGGGCGGCCCUCGCGAGGGUCCCGGGAUGGGCGAGGAGGGCAAGCAGCGAACGCUCACCACGCUUCUGGAAAAGGUCGAGGGCUGCAGGGACCUGUUGGAGACGCCAGGUCAGUACCUGGUGUACAACGGGGACCUGGUGGAAUACGACGCGGACCACAUGGCCCAGCUGCAGCGCGUGCACGGCUUCCUCAUGAACGACUGUCUGCUGGUGGCCACUUGGCUGCCACAGCGGCGAGGCAUGUACCGCUACAACGCGCUCUACCCGCUGGACCGCCUGGCGGUGGUCAACGUCAAGGACAACCCACCCAUGAAAGACAUGUUCAAGCUGCUCAUGUUCCCCGAGAGCCGAAUCUUCCAGGCGGAAAACGCCAAGAUCAAACGCGAGUGGCUGGAAGUACUGGAGGAAACCAAAAGGGCGCUGAGUGACAAGAGGAGGCGGGAGCAGGAGGAGGCGGCAGCCCCGCGCGCGCCUCCACCGGUCACUUCCAAGGGCGGCAACCCGUUUGAGGAUGAGGAUGAGGAAGAACUGGCUACCCCCGAGGCAGAGGAGGAAAAGGUGGACCUUUCCAUGGAGUGGAUCCAGGAGUUGCCCGAAGACCUGGAUGUUUGCAUUGCACAGAGGGACUUUGAGGGCGCCGUGGACUUGCUGGACAAAUUAAAUCACUACCUGGAAGAUAAGCCCAGCCCACCUCCUGUGAAAGAGCUGAGGGCCAAAGUGGAUGAACGAGUGCGGCAGCUCACCGAGGUGCUUAUGUUUGAGCUCUCUCCUGAUCGCUCUCUGAGAGGUGGCCCGAAGGCUACUCGAAGGGCCGUGUCUCAGCUGAUCCGGCUGGGCCAGUGCACAAAGGCUUGCGAGCUGUUUCUGAGGAACAGGGCGGCAGCCGUGCAUACUGCCAUCCGCCAGCUCCGAAUCGAGGGCGCCACACUGCUCUACAUUCACAAACUGUGCCACGUCUUCUUUACCAGCCUCCUAGAGACUGCAAGGGAGUUUGAGACAGACUUCGCAGGCACGGACAGUGGCUGCUACUCUGCCUUUGUGGUCUGGGCAAGGUCGGCGAUGGGCAUGUUCGUGGAUGCUUUCAGCAAGCAGGUUUUUGACAGCAAGGAGAGCCUGUCCACUGCCGCGGAGUGUGUGAAGGUAGCCAAGGAGCACUGCCAGCAGCUGGGAGAGAUCGGGCUGGACCUCACCUUCAUCAUCCACGCCCUGCUGGUGAAGGACAUCCAGGGGGCCUUGCACAGUUACAAGGAGAUCAUCAUUGAAGCCACCAAGCACCGAAACUCGGAAGAGAUGUGGCGUCGGAUGAAUCUGAUGACUCCUGAGGCCCUGGGCAAGCUCAAGGAGGAGAUGAGAAGUUGCGGGGUCAGUAACUUUGAGCAGUACACGGGAGAUGACUGCUGGGUGAACUUGAGCUACACAGUGGUAGCCUUCACCAAGCAGACCAUGGGCUUCCUGGAGGAGGCACUGAAACUGUACUUCCCAGAGCUACACAUGGUGCUCCUGGAGAGCCUGGUAGAAGUCAUACUGGUUGCUGUGCAGCAUGUGGACUACAGCUUGCGGUGCGAGCAGGACCCAGAGAAGAAGGCUUUCAUCAGGCAGAACGCAUCCUUUCUCUAUGAAACUGUCCUCCCGGUGGUGGAGAGGAGGUUUGAGGAAGGUGUGGGGAAGCCUGCCAAGCAACUGCAGGACCUUCGGAGUGCGUCUAGACUUGUGCGGGUGAAUCCCGAGAGUACCACAUCUGUGGUCUGAGGCUCGGGGGUGUGUGUCUGUCUGUCAGUGUGUACAUGUACGUGUACUACAGAUGCAUUAUUUGUACUUGCAUUACACAAUGUCAGCACAUUCCUCAGAGACACAAACAGCAUAUAAAAGGGCCCUCUUAAAAAUACAGUCUAAAGAAGAAAAAUCGUGUGUUAAACGUGAAACACAACCCCCCAUCCCCCAAUACUUGGAUUGUUAGAGCACAUACCAUGCUUUUUUUUAACUCUUUAGAGUGUAUGGCUACACCAGAGCAUUUCAGGUUAUUCUUUAACUUGAAACAUUUCUCACAGUCGCACAUCCACAUUGCACUUCUAUUCUGCCUAGAAAAAUGUAUAAGUCCACAGGGUUUAAGUAUGUUGUGAAGCAUUCCAAGUCAGCAAAAUGGCUUCCUAAUGCUCAGUGCUGUGUAACGCACCUAUGUCAUGUACUCCUGAAACAAAUCAACUUGAAAAGAAAUGAGUUGGGAAAAUUGGUUUGGGAUAAACUUGAAUAAGUGGGCCCCAGGUCCUUCAGUGUUUGUAGCCUGUGGAAGCCUUCAUAAAAUUUUGCAGGCACCCAAAAGUCACUGAAAGGUAGCAUGUUCCAUGGCUAAUUAGAUGCAUCUUUUUUGGGGAAUCACAAGGACUACAUUGAAUUUUUAACAUAUUGCAGAACUGAAUGGAUUUGCUGCUGCAACGGUUUUGCCAUAUUCAGGAAGUGGGUCUUGCUGAAAAAACCACACCAAGGAUCCUAGCAGUAGGCAGGUGAGUGACUCCAGUCCCUGCAGACACUUCACCAGCCUAGGUUUGGAGCCACUAAGAUUUCUGGCAAAUGCAGAACUCCCUAUUUGAGUAAUUAAGAGUUCAUGGUGUCUGUAGGUUAGGAGUUAACAAAUGCAAUGUCACUCCUUAAAGCCAGAGAUUUGUUUUUGGUUGUUUUCUUCAUAGGUUUCAGCCCAGGCUGGUUUUGAGCUGGCUUUGUAGCCAAGGAUGACCUUGAAUUUCUAAUCCUCCUGACUCCACUUCCCAAGGGCUGGGAUUACAGGUAUGUGUCACAAUGCAAUUUAUGCUGCAUUGGAGAAAAAAUCCCCCUGACUUUGCUCAUACCCACUUGUAUCAGGGCUACACCUGCUGCCGAUAGGUUUUUGUAACUCAGUAACUGAGUGGAGAUGGAUACACCUCUAGCACAGGGAAAAACAAGAGCCUGGCAUGCUGGUGCACACUUUUAAUCAGAGCACAGGACAACCAGGGUUCUGUAGAGAAACCCUGCCUUAAAAACAUCUUUUAAGAGAAUUCCAGAUUGAAAUACUUAUUUCAGGUUGUUCAGUAAAGGGAAAGGUGGGUAGGUGGGAGCCCCUAUGAUUUCUAAACUGAGCUCUGCUGAAUGUUCUGUUAGAAUGUGUUUGCUGAGACCCAUUUCCUCACUAGCUUGUAGCUGUGGGUUUUGUCCAUGAUGCCAUGUUUUUAUGUCCACUGGUUCUAAAGGUUCUUGUCUGAAUAAUAGAGGUAGUAGUAAGCCACAAAAUGAUGUAAAACCCUAAAUGGCCUCUGCAGUGAUUCAGGGUUGUUCAGACUCCUCAGCUUCAUUAACUCAAUUCAGGCCAGCAGUUUUUUCUCUGUCUUCUUUUUCAGCUUUCCAUUUGUAGAAAGAUCGCUGAGAUCACCAUUACAGACUUUCACUUUUUCCAUGUUAGAAUUUGUUGUUUUACAUGAAAGGGUCUCACUAUGAAGACCAAGCUGGCCUUGAACUCACAGAGAACCUUCUGCUUCUGCCACCUGAGUGCUGGAUUAAAGUUGUGCUCCACUCACUCUAUGCCUUGCUAAGUUACAAUUUUCUAUAUGACCAUAACUGGAUUUCCCAGCCAAACUGAUAACUAAUUUCUCUUAAGAUCACUGGAAACUUGAAUUUCAUAGAAUUGUGUGGUUGUGAUGAUUAUCUGUUGCCACUUGGAGUUUAAUAUAUGAAACGUGCUAUGUGGAAAACUCUUAUGGCAUAGAAGUGUAAGAAUGCUAAUGUGUUUCUCCAUAUAAUAAACGGCUGUAUCUUUAUGGAAA